GAACGGCGACCGAGAAGGGACAAACCGUACGAUUCUCUGUUUUCGGUCGGACAAUAAGGAGCUGCGAAAUAUUGAGGCGUUCAAUGUUUCCACAAAUGUACGAAAUCGAAGCACAUCGCUGGAGGCGAACUUCCGACAACACCUGAGCGAGUCCCUUUGCCCGCGACCCCGCUCCAGCUCCCGAGCCUUCGUUUUGCCCGCGAUCUCGUCGACGACGCCCUGCCGAGCCGAAGCCCGGUUGGAAAAGCGAUGCCGAAAAGAUACACCCGCGCCGGUUUGCUCGGAUUGAAAGCCGUGUCCGCCCGGCCGGUUCCUCACUUACGAUUGGCGGCGUGACGUUGUCGUGUGCGUCUUUGGGGAGUCACUAAUUACAUACGACAAGAUCACGUAAUUUUAUUACAAAAUUUAUGUAAUUAUAAUCUAUUACAUUACCAUCAGAUAGUCUGUUGUUCAAUUCCAUGAUUGCAAUUUUAAUUACGUUUGAAAAAUAACAGCAAAAACAGAUUUUUUUUUUUUUUAUCCCCCCAUGUCACGUCAUCCUUAUACACCUGACACUUCUGAUUGGCUGUCCCUGGUCAUGUGCCAUUCUACACGACUAUUACAUUUUCAACAAGAUUACUUGUAAUUGUAAGCGGCUACAUUUUCAGAGUAACCUUCCCAAAAGCGCACAUUGCCUCGAUGGAGAAUGGCUGCUGGAAAAGAACAAAUUUUCCCAGCUGUCAUUAGCUGCGCUCGCUAGCCUGUGAGGCCGCCAGCAUCCCGCCUUCCCUCAAUUUUGUCGUCCCAAGUCCACACCCCCCUCCCCCCAAUUUUCCCGGAGGCCCUCGCCAUGACGUCCGUGCGGUUCACCGUGACGCCCACCAAGGCGGAAGACCACCCCGGCCUGUCCGACACGUCGCCCGAAAUCAGCUCCCGCUCCGGCACCCACGUGCGCUUCGGGUCCCGGGAAAGCGUCAACCGUAGCGAGCCGCCCAGCGACGCGUCGGGAGGGGUCUCGGCCCCGACGGGAGAAGGCGGGACGGAAACGCCGGACUACAGCAACAUGGAGCAAGGGGAUGGAAAUUCCAAACUGUCCAGCGUGUACAUCAACAACAGCCACGGCGCCGAUGACGACGACUUCUACGACAGGAACCUGGCCCUGUUCGAGGAGGAGAUGGACACGCGGCCCAAAGUGUCGUCUCUGCUCAGUCGGCUGGCCAACUACACCAACCUGAUGCAGGGCGCCAAGGAGCACGAGGAAGCUGAGAGCAACAGUGAGAAGAAGAAGGCCAAGUCACCGCGCAUGGGGACCUUUAUGGGCGUCUACCUGCCGUGUCUGCAGAAUAUCUUUGGGGUCAUCUUGUUCCUGCGUUUGACGUGGGUGGUGGGGACCGCCGGCGUGUUGCAGGGCCUCUGCAUCGUCUUCAUCUGCUGCUCCUGCACGAUGCUGACCGCCAUAUCGAUGAGCGCCAUCGCCACCAACGGGGUGGUUCCAGCCGGAGGCUCCUACUUCAUGAUCAGCCGCUCUCUGGGUCCAGAGUUCGGCGGUGCGGUUGGUCUGUGCUUCUACCUGGGCACCACCUUCGCGGGAGCCAUGUACAUCCUCGGAGCCGUCGAGAUCUUGCUGAUGUACAUCGCUCCAGAAGCGGCCAUCUUUAGUGCCAAAGGGCUGGAGAGCGAGGCUGCGGCCAUGUUGAACAACAUGCGUGUCUACGGCUCCGUCUGCCUCCUCCUCAUGUCCUUGCUGGUAUUUGUCGGGGUCAAGUAUGUCAACAAGCUGGCCUCUGUCUUCUUGGCCUGCGUCAUCGUCUCCAUCGUCUCCAUCUACGUUGGCGCGCUGGUCUCCGCCUUCAAGCCGCCGAACUUCUCGGUAUGUAUGCUCGGAAACAGAACCAUCAACGGCCACGAUCUCAUCGAUGACCAGUGCGCCAGAACCGUCCUGCUUUCGGCCGAGAGGGAGGCCGCCAACGAGACGUUUCUCGGGGACGGCAACAUCACGACGCCGACGAUACCGGAACCCAGUCCGAGCCCCGGUCCCGCUCUCCUGGAAAAGACCACGUACUUGUGGAGCCGCUUCUGCCAGAGCGCCGAGCUCAACGCCUCCUGUGACGACUAUUUCACUGCCAACAACUUCUCCCGUAUCAAAGGCAUCCCCGGUUUGGCCAGCGGCAUCAUCACCGAGAAUCUGUGGAGCUCAUACCUCAGCAAAGGGGAUGUGGUGGAGAAAGGCUCCUUGAGCUCCUCCCAGGGAGAGCACACUCCGUCCACACAGCAGCCUUACGUCUUUGCCGAUAUCACCACGUCCUUCACGCUGCUGGUGGGGAUCUUCUUCCCCUCCGUCACCGGAAUCAUGGCCGGCUCCAAUCGCUCUGGGGACCUGAAAGACGCCCAGCGUUCCAUCCCCAUUGGGACCAUCCUCGCCAUCCUCACCACCUCCUUUGUUUACUUAAGCAGCAUUCUUUUAUUUGGCGCCUGCGUUGACGGCGUGGUCCUCAGAGACAAGUUCGGAGACUCGGUCAAAGGGAAUCUGGUGGUGGGCACGCUCGCCUGGCCCACCCCCUGGGUCAUUGUCGUGGGCUCCUUCUUCUCCACGUGCGGCGCGGGUCUCCAGUCGCUGACGGGUGCGCCGAGACUUCUGCAGGCCAUCGCCAAGGACAACGUUAUCCCUUUCCUUCGGGUGUUUGGUCACGGCAAAGCAAACGGCGAGCCCACCUGGGCACUGCUGCUGACGGCCUUCAUCGCCGAGCUGGGUAUCCUCAUUGCAUCUCUGGACCUGGUGGCCCCCAUCCUGACCAUGUUCUUCUUGAUGUGUUAUCUGUUUGUCAACCUGGCGUGCGCCCUCCAAACCCUCCUGAGGACGCCCAACUGGAGACCGCGGUUCUCCUACUACCACUGGUCCAUGUCAUUUUUGGGGAUGACGAUCUGCCUGGCGCUCAUGUUCAUCUCCUCCUGGUACUAUGCAAUCGUCGCCAUAGUGAUUGCAGGGAUGAUCUACAAGUACAUUGAGUACCACGGAGCCGAGAAAGAGUGGGGGGACGGGAUCCGUGGGCUGUCGCUGAGCGCUGCCCGUUUUGCCCUCUUGCGGUUGGAAGAAGGCCCGCCGCACACCAAGAACUGGAGGCCUCAGCUGUUGGUUUUACUCAAGCUGGACGAAGACGCGCACGUCAAGUCUCCUCGCCUGCUGACAUUUGCCAGCCAGCUGAAGGCGGGAAAAGGCCUGACCAUCGUGGGCACCGUGGUUUCCGGCAACUUCCUGCACAGCUACGGGGAGGCUCUGGCGGCGGAACAGACCCUGAAGCUUCUGAUGGACAAGGAGCGGGUCAAGGGGUUCUGCCAGUGCAUCGUAGCGCAGAAGGCGCGCGAAGGCAUCAGUCACAUGAUCCAGUCCAGCGGCCUGGGUGGGAUGAAACCCAACACCGUGGUCAUGGGGUGGCCUCACGCUUGGAGGCAGAGCGAGGAUCCGCAGUCCUGGAAGACCUUCAUCCACACGGUGCGCAUCACCACGGCCGCUCACCUGGCCCUGCUGGUCCCCAAGAACAUCUCCCUGUUCCCCAGCAACAGCGAGCCGUGCGCCGACGGCUACAUGGACGUGUGGUGGAUCGUGCACGACGGCGGGAUGCUGAUGCUGCUGCCCUUCCUGCUGCGCCAGCACAAGGUGUGGCGCAAGUGCGGGAUGCGCAUCUUCACCGUGGCCCAGAUGGAGGACAAUUCCAUCCAGAUGAAGAAGGACCUGGCGACCUUCCUCUACCACUUGCGCAUCGAGGCCGAAGUGGAAGUUGUGGAGAUGCACGACAGCGACAUCAGCGCGUACACCUACGAGAGGACCCUGAUGAUGGAGCAGAGGUCCCAGAUGCUCCGCCAGAUGCGUCUCUCCAAAUCGGACCGCGAGCGAGAGGCUCAGCUCGUCAAAGACCGGAACUCCAUGCUGCGACUCACGAGCAUCGGCUCGGACGACGACGACGACACGGACGCCGGCGAGCGGGAUCGAGCGGCCGCCGGCGACGGAUCCUCGACCGAGCGCCAUCGUCGCGUUCAGAUGACCUGGACCAAAGAGAAGGCUUCGCAGUACCGGGCCGCGCACUCCGGAUGCUCCACGCCGGAGGGCUUCCGGGACAUGCUCAGCAUCCGGCCUGACCAUUCCAACGUGAGGAGGAUGCACACGGCCGUCAAGCUCAACGAAGUCAUUGUCAAUAAAUCCCACGAUGCCCGAGUCGUCUUGCUCAACAUGCCGGGACCGCCCAAGAAUCCAGAGGGAGAUGAGAACUACAUGGAGUUCCUGGAGGUUCUCACGGAGGGCUUGGAGCGGGUUCUGCUGGUCCGAGGCGGAGGGAGCGAAGUCAUCACCAUCUACUCCUGAUGGGACGUCAUCUUUUGAAAGGAGCUGUCUAUCCACUGGAAGCGAGAGGGCGGGGAAGGUCAUCCGCUGCAUGGUUAACUGCUCGAAGCAAACCCCCGCUUGUCACCCGUCGUCACUCUUUUGUCAUGACACGCACGCCUUUUUCCAUUCCACCGGCGUCAGACAGCAAGGAAUUCAACGAAGAAGAAGAAGAAGAAGAAAAAGCGCCGUGCUGUUGCGAAAGUCAAACGAGCGUGUUUUCCUGCUGACGGUCGUUGCAAGAUGUCAAGUGUCAGAGGCUGUCGUUACUCUGAUGAGACUCAGGGUUCAAUUUUUGUCUUUUUACUUAUUAGCGCGAUAAGGUAUGUUCAUUCCAAACGUCGGAAUAUUCGUCUCGCUUCGCACUUUCCUUUCACUCGUCCCAAUUUAAACCGCUGUACAUGGAUGGGCACACUUUUUGGCUUUGCGUCCGGCGACCGAACGGAUCCCCGGUAGUUCUGCUGUGACGCUUCGGACAUUUCACACUUCUUCGCGUUGCACCUCCCGUGAUGACACUUUCCUGUGUAGCUGCAAUACCGUCAACAUUAGUCAGUAAUAAGUCUCCGAUGUUGGCGCUUUUCGAGACGAGACGAGAAAUGGACCAUCCCGAUAGAUAUGACCAGUAUGCAUGUGUGUGUUUUUCGAAGCUUUUCCCGCGCUGAUGUGCCGCCAACUGUGUGUGUGUGUGUGUGUGUGUGUGGUGUGUGUGUGUGCACGAAUGAGCGCUUGUUGCAGUCGAUGAGCUGUGAACUUUUUUUUUCCUUCUGCAGAUUUUAGUGUUACAGUGCAGGGAUUUAUUUGUGUUUGUCUUUGAAACAUUAUUUUAUUGCCUGUACAUACAUACAAGAUUCCAAAAUGUUUUUUUUUUUUAUGACAGAAUGAUGAAAUGUGGCAUUACAUUUGUUGGUGUUAACAUUUUGGAAAUAAAAUGAUU